AUGUCAUCCAGAUCUGGCAAUAUACAAGAGUAUGAAACUAGGGAUCAGUUGCCUGAUCGUUCAGCUUCCCCACCGGUCCCAGAAUCUAGUGAGCUUGAGACUGAAGGCUUGGUAUUUUAUCACAUGGAUCUUUAUGGAUCAAAGGAGAGGUUUGAUAUCUUUCCUGAAGAGCCACGUGGUCAAGGAGACAGAUCUCCGGAGGAUAUUAGAGAGGAAUCUGCACUGAGUAGCAAAAAACUUCAGAGCACACAAGCAGCUGGAUAUGACUUGGGAAAGGAGGUUGAAGAGCUGGCCAAAAUGUAUGGACUUGAUGAGGAUAGAGAAAAAGAGCUUGAGCUCCUUGGAGGACAUCUGGGGAUGGUGGAGAGCAAACGGCCACCUGCUCACACAUCAGGAGCACAAGGCUCUUUAUAUAAUGCAUCGAAAAGCAACUCCUCAGUGAAAGAUCGAAGUCAAAGCACAAAGCAACAGGGAUUUCAUUAUGAGGCUUCUCAAGAUGAAGAUCAGAACAAAGCAGGAGCAGACAAUGAGGCUCAGAGCCACACUUGGUCCAGAGAGGGGCUUAGCAGCUAUGGCGUCUCAGACGAGCAGAGCAGCCAGGCAGUCGCUGAGGAGGAGGAAGCAGCCGAUGUUUUUUGCUCCACCUGCAAAAUUCCAAUCCGAGCUUUUGACAAACUCUUUGGGGAGCACAAGGAUCACGAGGUGGCUCAGCUCCACAGCGCUGUAGAAAGCGAGAAGGAGGAGAUUCAUAAAAACAUGUGCAAAUUGGAAGAGCAGAUUGCUCAGAUGGAAAACUUUGCCAGUCACUUGGAAGAAAUCUUCAUCACUGUAGAGGAGAACUUUGGGAGGCAAGAGCAGAUCUUUGAGGUGCAUUACAACGAUGCAGUGCAAGUGCUUGGCCAGAAAUAUGAAGAACAGGUGGAAGCACUGGGGGAAGAGAAGAGAAAGAAGCUGGAAGCUUUAUAUGGGCAGCUGGUCACUUGUGGGGAACAUCUUGACACCUGCAAGGAGCUGACAGACACAACCCAGGAGCUAUACCUGGAAAAUGACAAAGCUGAUUUUAUAAAGGCAGCAGUAACCAUGGUUGACAGACUGGAAGAAUUCUUAAAGAAAGAAGUGGAUUUAGAGCUUUCAAUGCUGCCAGACUUUGAAGAGAGAGUCAUAGAUUUCUCAGAAGUUGAACAACUAAUGAACUCCAUUAAUACUAUUCCAGCUCCUUGUGCCCCUGUGAUCAAUCCCCAAGCUGCCAAUGCAGCGAUUGGCACCUCUCUGAGAGUUUGCUGGGGCCUCUUCUCGGACGACACUGUCGAGUGCUACCAACUGUGCUAUAAACCAGUGAGCAACGAGAGGUGUGGUGAGGAGCAAGCAGAGCAUAUGCUAAAAGUCAAAGAAACAUACUGCACCAUUACUAAUCUGUUGCCGAAUACACAAUAUGAAUUUUGGGUCAGUGCUUUAAAUGCCUCUGGCAUCAGUCCACCAAGCGAAAGAGCAGUUUAUGUAACAGCUCCUUCACCACCUACCAUUAAGACUAAAAAGAUCCGAAGCUGUGAAAACGCAGCACUCGUGUGUUGGGAAUCUAGAGACAUUAACCCUGUUGAUUCCUACACAGUCGAAUUGUCCAAGCUGGCAGAUGAAGAAAAUGGGGAUAUUAUCACUGAAUCUAUUAUUGGGAUUCCUAACUGUGAAGCUCUAAUUCACCUCCAGCCAACACAACGCUAUCGCAUCUCUGUUAGAGCUCUAAACCUGGGCGGUUCCAGUGAAAGAAGUGAACCUGUACUGAUACACACCACAGGUACCUACUUCUGUCUUAAUGAGGACACAGCCCAUCCAUUACUGGCGAUUCUAGAUGAUGGAUUUACAAUUGCAUGUGAUGAAUUGGAAAACCCAGAGUGUGAUUUGCCUGUCUACGAUAACAGCUUUACAAGAUGUAUUGGAAUCCUGGGCAGUCUGAUCCCAUUUCCAGGAAGGCAUUACUGGGAGGUGGAAGUUGAGGAAGAUACAGAAUACAGAAUUGGUGUGGCUUUUGAAAACACUCCGAGACAUGGUUAUCUGGGGGCAAACAACUCAUCCUGGUGCAUAAGACAUAUCAUCACACCAUCAAGGCACAAGUAUGAAUUCCUGCACAGUGGGAUGACACCAGACAUCAGAAUUACUAUCCCUCCCAGACGGAUUGGCAUCCUGCUAGACUAUGAGAACUGCAAACUGUCCUUUUUCAAUGCAGAUAUUGCCCAGCACCUUUACACGUUCAAAUCGCACUUCCAGCAUUUUGUCCACCCCUGCUUUGCUUUGGAAACACCUGGUAUCCUGCGGAUUCAUAAUGGCAUUGCUGUGCCUCUGGGCACCGCUUUCCCAUAACCUUGUGUUCUGCAACUGCCACAUCUCCAUAUAAUGUACUUUGAGAAAAGCUGUCUUUCAUCAUUAACUGUUCCAUCAUGCUCUUUACCUAUCAGCUUUCUCCCAUGAAAGACAGUAAAACUUCCCUGAUACAAAGAAGCUGCCAAGCCUGAGCCCUUAGACCCUUACAGUUUCUUUCCUCUGAAGCAGGAAAGUAUUACAGU